ACUUUACUAAGAGAAUUAGACAAAUACAAAACUAUGUAUAUGUCUUCAGUGAGUAUUGAUAUAAGUGAGGAAACCUGUUGCCUCACUUCAAAAAUUUCACAAUUUGCACCUUUACAUGAGUGUGACGUUAGUUUAGAGGCCGUCAUUCACGCCAAACCUUUUCCAUUUUGUGUGUAAAUGUCGUCCAAAACACAUCAUUUAACGCGUUUUUUUGUAUUUGUUUGUUUGCACCUUUUCCCUGUGCACCCACUAUCGAGGCUCCGGUCGCUACGGACACGCGCUUAGAAAGAAGCGAAGCAGGUGCCUGCACGCGCUCUCCUCCUCUCCAGAACGCGCUCGGUUGCGACAGUCAGUGGGAGAGAUUCACGCGCACAGAGAGACAGAUCGCGUCAUUUUGAGAUAAAUAAAGCGCUUGAUUGUUGUUAGAGAGAUCAAGAGAACCGGCAGCGGGCAGAGGGAGGCUGACAGACACGGGAGCGCGCGCUGAUGGAUGAGAUGCAGCAGGGAAUCGGCGCGUACGGCGCGGGCAGAGCCGGCGGAGCAUUCGACCUGCUCACGUUCAUCCAGCAGCCGCACACCGGCCUCAGGCUCGUGUCGUGGCUUUUUUCACUGGUGAUCUUCGGCUGCGUGUCUAAUGAGGGCUACAUCAACAGACCUGAUGAAGUCAAGGAGUUCUGCAUCUUCAAUCGCAAUCAGAACGCCUGUAACUAUGCGGUGGGCAUGGGCUCGCUGGCCUUUCUCAGCAGCAUGCUCUUCCUGGCCUUAGACGUGUAUUUCCCUCAGAUCAGCAGUGUUAAAGACCGCAAGAAAGCCGUGCUAGCAGACGUGGGCGCGUCAGCGUUCUGGGCCUUCAUGUGGUUCGUGGGCUUUUGUCUUCUGGCCAAUCAGUGGCAGGUGUCUAAACCAGACAACAACCCACUGCAGGAAGGUGGAGACGCGGCGCGAGCGGCCAUCGCCUUCUCCUUCUUCUCCAUCUUCACCUGGGACUACACCGACCCGAGUGAAGACGCCGCCGCCACUGUUCCGUACAGCUCUUACAGCGCUGGAGAUGAUCUGGAGAGUCCGGGAGGAACUGGAUCUUACCAACAAAGCAAUGAGGGCGUGUAUGACGGGUCAGCAGGGUACCAGCGGCAGGAGUACUGAACCGGUGUGAGGGGUCACAGGGUAGAAGAGCAUCAGUUUCACAAACAACACAUGUUAUUGACUGCAUUUAAAAUUUGAUUGAAAGACAAACUCUGGCGCAAACUCAUGGCGCCGUUCAAGUCUUCACUGUAUUGUGUAAAUGCACGACGUUGACGUAGUUUGAGUUUUGUUGAGAAAGGAGAUAGAGAUGUGUGGUGACAGCUGAGUGACAGAAUUAGUGAAGAAUCAAACACACUAAUCCAUUAUUUACUUCACUGUAAACAGUGUUAAACCCAAAAUGUGCUUCAUCUACAUCGGGUUCAAGACACAAAUCAUGGUCCUCUUUGUUUCAUGAUUGUACCAUCAUUUGUAUAAAAGAAGAAAUGAAACUACAUGUUACUGUAAUAGAAUACAUGUGCAAAUACUGUAGAGUAAUUCCCCAGAAAAGUCCACAGUGAAGUGUUGCUGUUUGUGUAGAGAGAUGUUUCUCAUGUGAUCUUCAGCUCCAGAGCAUGAUGAACAUCACAUUUAUCCAUCUGAACCAAACAUGUCUUAAAGAUCUAAAUGACAUACACAAAUAAACACCACCUCUCUCUCUCGCUCUCUCUCUCUCUCUCUCUCUCUGUCUGUAGCUGUGUUUUUAAUGGAUCUUUGAGCAGUUUUUGAGUAAUUUUACUCUUCUGAAGUUCAGACACUAAAGACACAUCAAUAUCUGCCAGUACCUGCUGUAUGUAAAACUUCUUCUUUGUAUAUAACCUCUUUGAUCUAUAUAAAUGUUCAGAAAUAAAAAUAAAGGUUUUAUGUUUGGCA